CUUCCCUUCCCUUCUCCCCCUUCUCCUCCUCUCUCUCCUCGCCUUCCUCUCGACACCAUGAAGUCCUUCUCAAACACGAGACUCAUCCUUCUCCAUCCAUCCCUUACCAAGCACAACCCAACUCCCUUCUCCCCCAACCGCCUCUGCGUCCUCGCUUUCAUUUCUUUCUUCGCCUUCGUCUUCCUCCUUACCCUUUUAUCCGGCCGCGAAACUCCAGCCCGUCGCCCCAACCUCUUUCCGAGCCCCACCACCCCGAUCCCUUCCUCCGGUCCCGCCCCGUACCUCUUCGACGCCCUGAUUCACUACGCGGCUCAGUCAACCGCCGGCCUAAUGCCCGACCGCGAUCUCCGCUCCAUAGCCAAUCUGCUUCGCCAACGAGCGCCGUGCAAUCUUCUAAUAUUCGGUCUCGGCCCGGAAAGCCUGCUUUGGCGGGCGCUGAACCACGGCGGACGUACCGUCUUCAUAGACGAGAACCAAUACUACAUUGCCCACUACGAGGAGCGGAAUCCCGGCCUCGAAGGCUACGACGUGGCUUACACAACCAAAGUGAGCGAGCUCAAAGAGUUAUUAGCAGAGGUACGGGUUCAGAUACGCAGCGAGUGCCGGCCGGUUCAGAAUCUACUUUUCUCUGACUGCCGGCUAGGCAUCAACGAUCUGCCGAACCAUAUCUACGAUGUGGCGUGGGACGUAAUCGUUGUGGAUGGACCGCGAGGGUAUUCUCCGGAGAGUCCUGGAAGGAUGUCAAGCAUAUAUACGGCGGCGGUGCUGGCGCGCUCUAGGGGAGAGGGGGCAACCGAUGUGCUGGUACAUGACUACGAGCGCGAGGUGGAGAAAGUUUGUAGCGGUGAGUUUCUUUGUCGGGAGAAUCUGGUCGGUGCUGACGGCCAGCUCGCGCAUUUCGUUAUUCGUGGAGGGGAGGCUGCUCGGAAGGAUGAUUUCUGCUUCAACCGGACAGCCACCGCCGCGGUGGCCUUGUAGCUUCUUGUAUAAUUUGCUGUUUUUUUUUUUUUUUAAAUGAGGGUGAUAAAAUGAAAGGUAUGUAAUUGGAAUUAAU